GAGUGGAGGCGGAACAAGAAAGUGAAAGCUUAGCUGUGGCUGCAGCGGAGUUGCACAUCACAGCAGCUUCGUCGACCGAAAGUCCCGACACUGGUGAAACAGAGGAAUCAGUGUCAGGAGAACAACAAAAGACUGUUCUGAAACACGAAGGAGAUGUGGGCAUGGGGAAUUCAACAAGGGAGGAACUUGGUACACCAACGCAUCUCACCUGUCUCACCGUUCAACCAAACAGAGUUCUGUGCGGGGAACCGGAGAGACUUUUUAUCAUUUUCACACAUAAACUAGAUGAAGGGUGUGUACCGGAGGUGGAGUUUUCAUCUGACAAUAUGGCUGCAAAAAGAGUCCGCACUUUGGAGAAUGAAUACACUAUAACUGUUUCUGCUCCUGAUCUGCCUGCUGGAGUGGUGUCACUCACCAUGUACACUGACCAGUCCUGUGUCAGCUUGAAGUCUGUUACUUAUUAUACCAAUAUGGGAGAAGUUAGUCAGUAUAUUGAAAAUGCUACUGAUCCUGUUGACUUCAUCUGCCAGGCCUUCAACUUGACAACCAAUGCAACUGAAUCACUGGACAACAUGCUUACUGACUCGUUAAAAUCCAGGAUGCCGGCAACUGGUCUUCAGCUGUUUGGAAUAAGACAGAUAGAAGAAGACAACAUGGAAGCAUAUCAGCGUGAUGAGGAGCUUCCCACGCUGCUCCACUUCGCUGCUAAAUACGGCCUGAAGAAGCUGACCACCGUUCUGCUUCAGUGUCCUGGGGCUCUGCAGGCUUACAGCGUGAUGAAUAAGUCUGGAGACUACCCAAACACACUGGCAGAGAAGAGCGGCUUCUCUGAUCUCAGACAGUUCAUGGAUGAAUUUGUUGAGACAGCGGACAUGCUCAAGUCUCAUAUCGAGGACUCCAUCAACACAGAGGAGCCUGCAGAUGUGUAUGAGAUGAUGUCCAACCCUCAAGAUAUCAUGAUGAAGUACUCUGGGUGCCCAGAGGACAUAUAUGAGUCCAUGCUGGGGAUUGACCCUGAUUGUGUAGAGGACUUAUAUGAAGUGAUGAACCCAGAGGAAGCAAUGCUUAGGAAGUUCUUUGAAGUAAGACGACAUGCCAGUGAAAACACUUACAUCAAGGAGUACCUUAAAGGGGAGGAAGAGGAAAAAGACAAUCCUAAUGACUUCGUUCCAAUUGAAGAAGAGGAGGACCCUUACGAUCUUUGCCCGGAGGAUAUCUAUGACACUGUAGAUACAAAUCCAGCCGUCAUGAAUCGUCCCCCAGCCCCAAUCCCCAGACCAGAGUCCGCGUGUGCUGAAAAGCCUAUGACUGUCAUCUCAAGAGUAUUUUCAGAUAAAGCUACGUCCCAGACUGCUGCGAUGGAAAGUGGAUGUCCUGCAGCUCGGCCUGCGGAGGACGCUCCUCUUCCUGUUUACGACCCCUACGCUGGGAUGAAGACUCCUGGACAGAGACAGUUGAUAUCCCUGCAGGAGAGGGUGAAGGUGGGGGAGAUUACUGUGGAUGAGGCCGUCCAAGAGUUCAAGACCUGGCAGUUUGACCAUGAGCGGAGGUCCGGCUCCAUACGCUAUCAGCAGGAAAAUCUGAAGAGAUUGCGAGACAGCAUCACCAGACGUCACAAAGAGAGAGAAAAGAGUGGAAAAGAGCUCGAUUAUGAGAUAAGUGCCCCGCUGCAGAGGAACCUAUACUGGGGGUCCGGUGUGACGUUAGAGUGUUCUGUGUACGAGCCCACACCCAGAUUGAUGGGGCCCCCUCCUCCAGUGGCUCCACCUAUCCAAAGAGGGGGCUGGAAGACAGGAAGCACGUCCAGCACAUCCAGUACGGAGAGCAACAGACUCAGCACUCACAGCACCAUCAGCUACAGCAGCGGCACCGAGCCUGAGUUUGAGGACAUGGUAGAAAAUCUCCCUCCUCCAUCACGACCUCUGAGGUCAUCGAAUGCAUCGCCCUUAGCUCCGCCUAGGAUUCCUCCACGGGUCCCAGAGAGGAUGCUAGAGAACGUGCUGCAUGAGCGCUACAUAUCCUGCCCGACUCGAGCAGUUCCUCAAAGACCGACUCAAAGACACACAAACUCAGCACCUCCCGUACCUCGGCGCCUGCGGUGAUCAACACAUGUCCACUUUAGCUGGGUUUGAUUUAAAGCAUUUUAAAAAGGAAGGACGACUUAGCAAGACAGUGUGUUCCUCUGUAAACAGACAUCAGGACUUAAAAAGAUGCCUACAUGCAGAGAGACGUUUUUAAUGUUGUGUCUUUUUUUGCUUUUAUGUGCCUAACAUAAUUAAUUCAGCCCCCAUAUUGAUUCAUUGUGUGCAUGUGUGUAGGCCUGUGUAUUUGUAGGUGUGAUUGAGUCUGUGAUAUUGAGUGUUUAUGUUUUGAUGUGUCUUUCCUGAAAAAAAUGUUAGCUGUGGUAACUGUGGAAUUUUAGUAUGUUGGUGAGAAAGGGGAAUAAUUGUUUUUAAUUCAAAUCUUGCGUAUGACAUUAAAACAAGUUUGUAGUUGGUCUCCUGUUAACUGAGCCAGUGAUGUUGAUGUUGUUCAGUUCACAAGAUAAUUAUAAUAUUCCUUGAUGUAUUACAAGCAUUUCAUUUAAAGUUCUUUUGACAUCAUUUUUAUUUUACCUCAAAUGAUGUCACAAUCAUACUACUUAAAGGACUUACAGGUUGGUUGGCUAUUUUAAUAUUUGUUUCUGAAACUUGUAAAAAUAAGAUUAAGGAAACCGGUUUGGACCUACAUCACUUGUCUAACUUCUGUACAGAAUAAAUAUAAGAAAAUAUUUUCCUUUCAGGUCGGUGUAUGUUUUGGUCAUUGGAUUUUCUUUUCACUAAAGGAUAUUCAAAAACCAAAAAUGAGUGGAUAUUUAAUUUUUGUUUUAAAAUUGAAAAAUAAAAUUGAAAUGCAA